AUGUCGCUUGAUGACAUCGACAUUGAUCUAAAGCUGAUUUAUAACGAUUUAAAGGUUUCCAUGGAUUUUUCAAAAGAUCAUAUCUUAAAAUAUUCGAAAUGCUUGGGAAUUCUGCAGUUGCAUAUUGUCCAAUAUCUAAAGGUAUUACCAUUAACGGCCUCAACUGUAUUGAGAUCAUCGCACUGCUUCUGUUUUUUGCCGGAGUCGGUUGAAAAAAAUGAGAACCAUCCUUGUUACAUUUUCAAAUAUCUCAAAGGCAAACCAGUGAGACAUUUGGUCGAAGAUGAAUACCUGAAAAUCAAUCAAGCGGAAGAAGACGGCUUGGUGAAGGUUCACUUUUAUAUGGAUCACGACUCCUACAUGCAAAAACAAAUAAGAACGAAACUAUUAGAGGAAGACAAGGACCACGUGAUGAAAUCAUGCUGCCAAAGCUUACAUUCUCUUCUGCGGGUGGCACCUCAUCAAGUUGAUCAAAUACUACAAAAGGAAAAAGAUUACAGGGUUGACAAGGGUUUGCGAAUUCUUGGAGUUGCAACAAGUAGUGACAAAGAUGAAGCAUCGUAUUGUGCAAUAAUUGAUGGUAGCGAAGAAAUUACAGACUAUCAAAAAAUGACUAGUCUUGCAGCACGCGGAUAUCUAUGGAGCAAAAAAGAAAAAGAAGCCAAGGACCAAGAUUGCAACAAUGAUGCAGACGUAUACUUUCUAGAUGGAUCCAGAAUUCACCCCGAAGUUUAUCCAUGGGCUCGCAAAAUGGCACAAGAUGCGCUCGAUUACAAUGAAGACGCCGUGAAAGACAUCUUGGAAACUCCAGAAAAAUUAGAAAAUUUAGAUCUUGAUGCAUUUUUCGAGGAACUAAAAAAGCAGGAUUAUGGAGAUAAAGGUACCAAAUUGUACGACAUAAAAGCUGAGUUACGUGACAGAUACAAAGAUCAGAUAACACCCUUUAAAAGCGCAACAGCACAAGAAAAAUUUAACAUGUUGACGAAAGAAACGCCACAAACGUUUUAUAUCAGUAAAAUAGUAUGCUGCAGAGUUGUCGGUAUCGAGGUGAGGAAUUAA